AUGGAGAGGUCCAAAAUUCUUAUGCAGCUUGAAUCUUUUAUCUCUUUCAUUGAUUACUAUCUCUUCACGAUCUCAAUGGAUUUUGCUGGUGGUGAUAUUGUCCGAGAAUUAGAGAACAGCAGCAUAAUUGUCACUGGUGCAGCUGGUUUUCUUGCAAAGAUAUUUAUUGAGAAACUACUAAGGGUUCAACCGAAGGUGAAGAAGAUCUAUCUUCUUUUAAGGGCUCCAGAUAACAAAUCAGGGAUUCAACGAUUCAAUUCUGAGAUUGUAUCCAAUGACUUGUUUAGGGUUCUAAAAGAGAAAUAUGGUCCAACUUUCAAUACCCUCAUAGCACAAAAGGUUACAGUUGUGCUUGGUGAGAUCUCUUAUGAAAAUAUAGGAAUAAAAGAUACAAAUUUGUUGGAAGAGAUGUGGGGAGAAGUAGAUGUUGUUGUUAACCUAGCUGCAACCACCAACUUUGAUGAAAGAUAUGAUGUGUCCCUUGGCAUCAAUACCAUGGGAGCUAUGCAUGUGUUGAACUUCGCUAAAAGAUGUGCCAGAAUAAAACUGCUACUACAUGUAUCAACCGCUUAUGUAUCAGGAGAAACGGAGGGAGUAAUUCUUGAAACACCCUAUCACAUGGGGGAGACUCUCAAUGAGACACCUGGGUUAGAUGUGGAGAAUGAGAAGAAAAUUAUUGAUGAAAAAUUACAAGAGCUGGAUGAUGAGAAUGCUACUGAAAAAGAUGUCACAUUAGCCAUGAAGGAUCUUGGAAUUCAGAGGGCAAGGAAAUUUGGAUGGCCAAAUACAUAUGUCUUCACAAAGGCAAUGGGGGAGAUGCUUUUGGGAAGUUCCAAAGGCAAUUUCCCUCUUGUCAUCGUCCGACCUACAAUUAUAACCAGCACAUAUAAAGAGCCUUUUCCUGGUUGGAUAGAAGGAUUUAGAACCAUCGAUAGCUUUGCUGCUGGUUAUGCAAAAGGGAAACUAACUUUUAUACUUGGUGAUCCUAAUACCAUAAUUGAUCUUAUUCCAGGUGAUAUGGUGGUAAAUGCGAUGAUGGCGGCCAUUGUGACUCAUAUAAAUCAACCAAAUGAUGAAGAAGGGAUGACCAUUUACCAUGUUGGUUCUUCAGGAUCAAAUCCUAUUUUGUAUUCUUCAAUUCAAGAUUAUGACCAGAGACACUUCGCUAAACAUCCAUGGAUUGACGCAAAAGGGAAACCAGUUAAAGUAGGGAAAAUCACUGUUCUCAAAACUAUGGACCGGUUUCGCAGUUACAUGGCUAUUCGUUACUUGCUCCCCUUAAAGGUCCUUCUUCAUUAA